AUGUCAUUGAGAUUAGCCAACUGCGCAGGAGAUAUUAUAGAGCUCAAGUGUACGCGCAGACACAACGUGCACUCUUUAUUCCUGUCACUCUCAUACUCUGGUGGGACGACCAUUCGACACGACCGGGCCAUCACAGAGAGUGGGCCCGGCGACGGUGACUGUGCACUUCGGGCGGCGCCGGCGCCGGCAUGCGAUCGCAUACCAGUACAUUCUCACCAU